CGCGUUUUUCCUUUUAUUUACCAAAGCACUUUCCCCGUUUUUGGUUGAUUGGGUUCAGCGAAAUUUCGAUCCUAAAGUGAUAAGAGAGCAAAUUUUGCACUAUUUUGUCUAACGGGCGUAUAAAGGAGACGUAUUGACACGCCCCCCAUUCUAUUUCAUUUUUUAUGGUCGCUUGGGUUGGGUUAAGGAAAAUUUUGAGUUUCUUAACAGUCUUUAAACUUUGGGUUCUAAAUUAGGCCGCACUUCAGUUAUGGUGUAUAUCUAUACAUAUUAGUCAUAAAUCAACCCGACCUGUCUAAUUUUUACGAUACCAUCUUGCUAUGACUAUUCGUCUUGUAUUGAUGUUAGUUCAGUUCAUUUAUCUGAAUGGUUAUAGUUUUUUUUCAUAUUUUGUUUAUUUCAGCGAGAUGUCUACGGAUGGAAUUGGUGAUGGUCCCUUAGAAGCAGAUGCAAGUUGGAUAUCAUCAAAGACAUCAUUUAUGACAAUUUCUGAUCCCAGUGAUUCGUCUACACCAAAUGCGAAUUCUUCAUUAGAUGAAACAUUUGCUUCGAAUAAGUUUUCACCCAACUCUUUCGCAAAUUCAUCCCCAAAAUCUGAUGGAGUAGAAGACAAUGGCUAUGAUAAUGGUGAUAAAGACGUAAAAGAAGAACAAGUAAAACAAAAAAAGAAGACAGGAGUAACCUUAGUUUAUGCUCCAGAGAAAUCAGCUAAUAUUUUCAAAUCCUCAGAAAAUUCUAUUGUUCCACCUCAAUCAAAUGAAAAAGUGAUCAUAAUCCGAUCAAAUCAAGGUAACGAUAAUAAUUAUAGUGAAAAUAAUUCAUUAACUAAAGAAAAUGGCAUUGGGUCAACAACCACUUCAUCAACAAAUGAAAUUCUGUAUUCCAGUGAAGAAAACCUUUCUAAAUUAAAUGAUGAACAUGAAUUAAAACAGUUGAAUAAUUCCAACAAUGUUUUGUACAACAACUUACUUGAUGAAUUUUCAUCGAAUAAUGGAAUAUCGGAUUUUAAGGAUCUAUCUGAUAAUACUAAUAAUCUAUCAGAUAAUGAUAAUAAGUAUAAUAAUUCCAUUAGUAUUCUUUCAACACCAACAGUACUCACUUCAUUGAAUAAUCAUAAUGAUUCAUCGGUUUUGUCUAUGGAAUCAAAGAGUUUAUCCAAAGAAAUUCUAAGUGACGAUAAUAAUAAUAAUAAUCAACCUUAUGCCAACAAUACAAUUAGUGUUGAUGAAAACAAUGAUAUCACUGGUGUUGUUCUUCAGAAUCAUGAAGAAAUUGCAAAAAAUACUUCAUCUAUUGAUCAAAAUGAAAAACAUACGUCAGCAUUAAAACCAGUUUUAUCUUCACAAUCUCAUCAUUCAGUUGAUUCAAAUCAAGAAUCCAAACUACUAACUGAUAAUUCUUUUAUAAAGUCGAAUUUAAGUAAUAUAGCACAAAUGAAUUCUGAAUUGGAUGAUGAGGUUACUAAAACAGUUCUAAAUAUUAGCGAUCAAUAUAAGAAGACAGUAAAUAAGUUUGUUGAACAAUCAAUGCCGACUUAUUUGGAUCGUUGUUCACCAGCACAAAUUGUAGCUGUAACCGGUGGGGCACCUCCAGAUAUAAUACGUAAUAUUGAGGAGGAUUUAGACGAAGAUAAUGAUGAUAAUGUUAUUGAAGUACUUAAUACAGACGUAGAACAUGAAGCCAAUCCCUCUGCUUCUUCAUCUACGAACCCUGGUAAUAUUGUCCGACAACGUGGUCGUACUUCAGAGUCACUAAAAUCUCAAAAGCCGGUAACUAUCAAUAUUGACUUACGGGUUGUUUCAAAACUAACUCCAAGUACUCCAGAAGAAGUAGAUGCUUCAUCAGAACUAGUUUUUAGCAAUUUUAUGAUAGAUCGUUAUAGGUUAGAAGUUUCUGCAUCAGCUCAAGCAUCUUCGUCUCAGUCUACUGCUUCUACUUCAGCUUCAAUUCAUGUAACAGAUAUAAGUCAACAAGCUGAGUCUGAAGAUCCUGUAAGCCAUCAACUUUCUUCUUUACCUCGUGCUGAACCACACAGUGUCGAAGCAAUAGUUGCUCGUAAUCUAGCGGAAAUCGGUGAUGAAAUCAAUCGUAUCUAUGGAUCGAGAUUAGAUAGAAUGAUUAAAUUACUACCAGUCGAGGAAUGUCCAUUAGAAAUGUUUUAUAAUGUCUCCCGUGUGCUAUUUGCUCGUGGUCCAACUAACUGGGGUCAAGUAAUCACUUUGUUCUAUUUUGGUUAUCGGUUAGUAGUGCAACGAGUUAAAAAAGGUAUUGCCAACGCAUUUUAUCAAGUAUGUCGAUGUCUAGUCAGUUUUUGUCGACAGAUCAAUAUUUUCGUGUGGAUAGCUCAACAAGGAGGAUGGCGAAUUCUUCAAUUCCUACAAUCUCAUAGAAUAUAUGAUAAUGAGAAUAUAAACAUGAAGAAUCAUUCAACACCAUCAAACAUCACUUCUCAUACUGAUGAAAAUGAUCAACAAAAUACAUGGUUAAACGAUAAUAAUAAUAAUAAUAAUAAUAAUAAUAAUAAUAAUAAUAAUAAUAAUAAUCUUAAUAACCCAUCAUUUGAUCAUUCUAAUCAUGAUUCCCAUUUAUUUAUUCCAUUCAUUUUGACUAGUACUAGUUUUGUUGUAAUAGCUGUUGCUGUUUGGUUUUAUUUACGUCGUUUAAAAUAAUAAAAAUUAUUAUUAUUAUUAUUAUUAUUAUUAUUUUGGUAUGAAUUUAUGCAUUAAGAACAAAUUCAUUUCAUUUUGUACUUAUGCCUAUAACUUGUUAGCUCUCUCUCUCUCUCUUUCCCCCUCCCUAAUGUUGUUUUCUUUUCUUUUUUUUUUUAAAAUAAAGUUAUUUUAAAGGCUAACCUCACCCCCCUUUUUUUAACUGAACUAGGUUUUUUUCUUCCUUUUUAGUUACCAAUCAUCGCCUAUGUAUUGUAGAAUUCAGUAUUUGUUCCCUAUUUUUUAUUUUAGUUAAACAAAAAAGAAAGAAAGAAAGAAAAGAAGUUGUUAUGAUUACAUUUCUCUUCAUAUUGUUAAUUUACUCAUCAUUCAUUAAAACAUAUAGUUUAUUGAUAGUUCCUAAUCUUUUUUUUAUUGAGUGAUUAUAGAAAGUUUCUAAUGAUGAUGAGUAGUUGUAGUAGUAGUACUAUAUGCUUUUGCAACUAAUAGUAAUUUGUGUCAGAAUGGUUUAUUGUGGAUAUUAUAGUCAUUUCAAUGGUUGAGAUCAUGAGUCAAUUAAAGCUAGAUCACUAUGGAAAACCUG